CGGAGUUCCGUAGUCGUGUGUGGAAGCGACACAAGUAGAGAGCAAAUCACAAUGGCAGAGUGCACUACAUUAGAAAGCCUGCUGGAAAUGGGCUUCGACAGAAACAGAGCGGAGAAGGCUGUAGGACAUACUGGAAACCAGGGCAUUGAGAGAGCAAUGGACUGGUUAAUGGAGCACGAGAAUGAUCCAGAUAUAGACAAGCCUUAUGUCCCACCUGUCGGGAAUGUUCUCGGCUCAACAGAAGAACAGAGCAGCCCAUGCCAGUCUCCUACAGAAACCUCUGAAUUCACCGAAAAUGUAGCAGAAGAGGGAGAUGAUAAACAACCCAUGACAGAGGAAGAGAGGAGGGAACAAGUAAAACGACUGGAGGAGAUAAUGAGGGCGAGACAGGAUGAGAGGAGAGAGAGGGAGCGACAGGAGGAGAUCGAAAUAGAGAAGCAGAGGAGGAAGCAAGGACAAGAACUUCUGCAGGUCAAACAGAAGCUUCAGGACGACGAAAUGAAGAAGCUGGCAGACCAGCGCAGGAGGGAGAAGAUGGAGGACAGACUUGCCAAGCAAAGGGUUAAAGAGAAGAUUGCACGAGACAGAGAGGAGAGGGCACGAAAGUUUGGUGGAGGCUCAUCAAGCACAGAUCUGUCGUCUCCCCCCUCUGAAGCCCCACCCCAGUCUUUACCUGAGAACCAAGGGCCUCCUCCAGCCAAGAAAGAGUAUGAUGAAUGUCGGAUACAGGUGCGUCUUCUGGAUGGGUCUACCUUGAGUGCCGUCUUUAAGGCUCAGGAACCUCUGGCUGCUGUGAGAGUUUAUGUGCAGAUGAACAGGGCAAACGGGGAGGAUUUCAACCUCAUCACCCCAUACCCCAGACGCGUCUUCACGGAUCUGGACAUGGAAAAACCCCUGCGUGAGCUGGGUCUGGUGCCUUCUGCUGUCCUUGUGGUUAUCAAGAAAUGAAGGGAAACAAAUAUAAAUAGCGUUCCUCCACAUGUCCAUGCAAGAUCAAACAGAUGUCUACAAUGGUUUCACUCAACAAAACACCAAAUAUACACUGCAUUAGAACUUAA